AUGUCCGAAAUUUUGGAUGUGAUUUUGACAUGGACCAGGCAAUCCCCUGCAGAAUGCUCUGAAGUCCGAAAUUUUGGGAAAGCAUAUGGAAACAUCUUCAACUUUGCUGACACUUUGGUUGUGGAUCAACCACCUAUUGUUGGGGGUCAAGUUGUUCUUGAUAAUUCACAUGAGGACCCAGUGAACUUGUCCCUUGGCUCCAUGAAAAUAUCUAUGGGUUUUAGCCAUGCUGUUACUGCUACUUUUCAGCCAGUACUUCAAAACCUUAUUAAACGUCGUCCUGAGGUUGCAGACUCCAAUGUCACUUUGUUAACUUGGGACAAUGUUGAUGGUAUUUGGUAUCUUAAAGGGCCUUAUGAAUUUGCUCUGGAACAGAAUGAAGAUGUGAAAUGGUUUUAUAAUAAGGAAAAGUGGCUCCCAUCUGAAGGCAGCUACCAAGCGAUGUAA